UCCCGGCAUGGAGGCGCGCAGGAGCCACGUGUUUGUGGAGAAGGUGCUGCAGAAACUGUUUCCUAGUGUUCCACGUGUCCAAGAGAAGAAGGAGCUCCAAGCCCCAGCUGUCAACAAUCCACCCAAGAAUGUGAUCUCUGAGAGUAUGAGAGCCGAGCAUGUCCAGCCCCUGACAGACGGUGACACGAAGGCCCAGUCUGGGAGGCGGCUCUACACCGUGAGUCUGCCUCCAGAGGGGUACGUUCCCAGUGUGCCAGAGCCACACCACGGCCAGCAUCCUGAGAACAUUUCCAGCAGCGAGAGCUCGGAAGAUCAGGAUCUUCAUGAUCUACCAAAGAGAAGAAGAAUUAGAAAGCGUAAAUCAAAGAAAAAUCCCAAGAGUACUUACAUAGAACAAGCACAGUUAGAGAAACACCAGUGUCUUUUACGAGAAGAAUUACAGCCACAGCACACAGAUGGCCCCACAAUAAGUAAAAAUAAAAAAAGGAAACUGAAAAAGAAACAGCAGAUUAAAAGGAAGAAAGCAGCCGGCUUAGCGGCGAAGGCCUCUGGUGUCAGUUUUAUGUACCAGCCGGAGGAGAGCAGCAGUGACCGGGAAGGAGCAGGAGACGUGGAAGGGCAGGUCGCCCCAGAGGCCCAGGACUUUCCCACCAUGGAUGCCAAGGAGCCGGACUCCACUGGGGCCAGUGAGGAGGACGCCACAGAUGCCAGCGAGGAAGAUGUCAGAAUUACCUGUGAAAAGACGGAGAGUAUCCUGAAGUUUCUGAAAUCCACACAAGAAAUUUAUUUUUAUGAUGGUAUCUCCAAAGAUCCAGAUUCAGCUGUCUGUGUGGAAACCACCGAAGAGCUGCUUAACCACCUUGAGUCCCGCCGCCUGCCUCCCUCGGAUGUGUUCAUUCUUGAUCACAUGAAAACGCUGCUACUUUUGCAAGACAUUGAAAGAUUGAGGAGCGCCCUGGAAGUGUUCCCAGAACAUUGCACGAUGCCUCCUGAACAUGCCAGAGUAAUCACAGCCUUCUUUAAUUACUGGAUCACAAAUGUCCUUCCUGAGAGCAACGGUGAACAGAAUCAGAAUACCUCUUUAAGACCCCUAAUAUUUAACAAGAAAAUAUGAAAGACACAUAUGAAGUGGACCGAGAGUUAAUUCCCAGUAUUUUCUUCAUGACCUGUACCCUAUGAACUUUGAAGUCAUUUCUGCCAUAUUUAUUUUGUACAUAAUUGUUAGACGUCAUCUGUAUUUCUAUAGAAUUUUAAAUCCCUGCCUUACAUCUGAAACUCUCUGUUUUAAGAAUGUUUUGUGGGCAGCAGGCAGUUCUAGACAAAUAGUUUGUAGCAGAAUUUCUUCUUUUUUCCUUUUCUCUAUCAAAACCUAUUUUUCCUGUUUUAUCUUUAUCACAGAAGCAGUCGCUGAUUUUUAGUGUUACUGAGUUUAAAAGCAUCUAUACAACAUUCAGGAUAUUGGCUCUGUCCAUGAAAAUAACAGUUGUACUGUGGUAAAAUACACAUAGCACAGAAUUUGCCAUGUGAGGUACACGAGUUGGUGCAUUCGCCACGUCAGAGGUGUGGACUGCAACCGUUUUCUUCCGUCUGCCAAAGGCGCUGCUGGGCGUCUCUCUACAUCACUGGGGAGAGGUGCUGGUGCAGAGGGCACUGCUGGGCGUCUCUCCACGUCGCCCAGGGGAGAGGUGCUGUGGCGAUGUUCCCUGUGGGUGGUUCUAUGUGGACAUUGCUUGCAUCCUUGGACAGGGCACACAGGACACAGUAUUUGAGGUUUCAGAGGUGUGACCUGCCCUCCGCCACGGCUGCCCAUUUCAUGCUCACACCGCUACUGCUCAGCCCCCAGAAUCUCCCUGCUCCAGGUUCUCAUGGUCGCCAUUGCAGCCAUCCUGGUGGUGUCAGCUGAGGUCUCGUGGUUUCGAUUUCCCCUCCCCAAAGGCUGAUGGCCCUGAGUGUCGUCUCCUGUGCCAGUGGCCAAACAUCUGCUUCAGUCAUGGCCCAUUUGGUGGUGGGUUGUUUGGGUUUUGCUGCCAUGUUAUCAGAGUUGAGUGUGUUCUGGAUAAUCCCUUAGCCAACGUGGAGUCCAGCUAACCUGCUCCCGUGCUGCCUGCACUUCUGGCAUCAUAUCUGAGAGUCAUCACCAAACCCACUGUCAUACAGUUUCUGCUCUGUGUUUCCUUCUAAGUGUCAGAGUUGUAGCUGUUUCAUGGCUGCUGAUCCAUUCUGAGUUAGUUUUACAGGCAGUGUAAGGUAAGGAUCCGAUUGCAUCCUUUUGCGUCUGGACAUCCAGUUUCCCAGCACCAUCCGCUGCAGACAUUGUCUUUUCCCAUGGAAUCAGCACGCAAGGGCUUGGCUCUGACUCUCUCUUGCAUCCCGCUGUCUGUCUGUCUGUCUGUCUUUAUGCCAGUACCAUGCUGCUUUGAAUACUGUAACUUUGUACUGAAUUUUGAAAUCAAGAAGUAUA